ACUAUACACAACUACACAACCGUCAAAUAACAGGCAAAACCGCGCCAUUUACAGCUAAUCCCCUCUUUCCACAAAAAGUAAAGUCAUUUCUCCUCCCAAUUUCUUCCAUCCUCCCCCAAUUUCAUUCAUUUUCCUACUGAACAAGAAAUCAAGUCCAACGCCAUCGUUGUCAGGGCAGAUCUAAACAAAUGCGGAUGAGGUUGAUUUAGUUGCUUUUAUCAGGUGUUUAGGGUUUAAGAAUUAUGGCAAUGGCAAUGUCAAGGAGGCCGAUAAAUCCAUCUAGACGAGUUGCAGAUAUUGGAGGAGCUUCUCCAGUUCCAACCUCACUUCAUUCGAAAUCUCGAUCUUCACCAUUUCUAUCUCUUGGACUUAUUGUCGUGGGAGCAAUCCUUCUUAUUGGCUAUUUUUAUCGUGGCUCAGGUGGCUUUGGUCAUAUAGGAGCUGUCAGCAGGGUUCAAGGGGAUUUCUCAUGUACUACAGAGGUUCAACAGGCGAUUCCUUUUCUGAAGAAAGCAUAUGGUGACAGCAUGCGCAAGGUGUUGCAUAUUGGUCCAGAUACUUGUUCGGUAGUUUCCGCACUAUUAAGAGAGGAGGAUACUGAAGCUUGGGGACUGGAGCCAUAUGAUAUAGAGGAUGCUGAUCACAGUUGCAAGAGUCUUGUACAUAAGGGUCUUGUUCGUGUGGCUGAUAUCAAGUUUUCUCUUCCAUACAGGGCAAAAUCAUUUUCUGUUGUGAUUGUCUCAGAUGCACUGGAUUAUUUGUCCCCAAAGUAUCUGAAUAAAACCCUUCCUGAAUUGGCAAGGGUAUCAGCUGAUGGACUUGUUAUUUUCACUGGUUUUCCACAGCAUCACAAAGCAAAGCCCACGGAUAAAUCCAAAUUAGGGCGAUCUGCUAAACUAAGGAGCGCGACCUGGUGGGUUCGACAUUUUGUUCAGACAAGUUUGGAAGAAAAUGAAGCUGCCGUGAAAAAGUUUGAACAAGCUGCGUUGAGAAGAUCUUACAAGCCAAGUUGCCAAAUAUUUCACUUGAAGUCAUAUCAAUAAAGUUUUGGAGUUUUGUCGGCUGAAGUGCCUUUCCAGUUUCCUCGACCCUUAAGUUACAACAUUUAUUUAGUUCCAAAAGGCCAUUGGACCAGUAACUCUUAGAAACGAUUUAAACAGUUGAGAUCUUUGGGGCAUUUAUGGACAAAAUAGGCCUCUGCUUCGUGAUGAAGAGGUUGGAUUUUGGCAGAUUAUUGAUCAAUUGUAAGCGGGAAAUGUAGCUAACAUCUGGUAAUGCGUACCUAUUACUAGAUUUCGAUGAUUAAAGCAGCUUACUAUAGCUUCUCAUUACAAUGGGCAAUGGUCGGAUGAGAACAUCACGGUCAUUGUUCAAAGCAUAAUCAAUGUUACUGCCGUAAUAUUAACUGAAAAUUGACAGAAUCUCUUUUCUUUCUGGUCCUGAAACGGUGUAAAGGAUGUUGAUUUUACGAUGUUCUUCCUUUCAUGGAUUCUCUUUUGCCGGAAUC